GCACUCAGGGCAGGUGGCAGCAGUUGUCAUGGAGAUAACUGCGGGCCCGGCGUCCGCUCGUGGGGUUGUUUCCAUGGAGAUCCCGGCCCGGGGUGCGCUCGCAGCGGUGGAGGAGGACGAGGACGGCGAGCUUCAGCACCCUGGCCAGCACCACCACCGCGGCCGCGGUGCGACUUCCACCUCGGGAAACUUUUACAUGCUGGUCGUGAUAGGAGAGGUCGCGACAGAGCACCACCUACACACCACCAAACAACACAUUGAGCGAGGUAUCCGCUCUUGGGGUAUCAGUCUAUCAGAAUGUGACUUGGACAAACAGUUGCAGCUUUUCAUAACCAGACAUUCGGCCCAGUUCUCUGCUGAGGUCAAAGGACAAAGGACUCUACACCACAAAAGUGAUGUUCUUGAGACGGUUGUGUUAGUAAAUCCAUCAGAAGACUCUGUUGUAUCAGAGAUCCAUUAUCUUGUAUCUGACCCAGCUGUGCACAAGCUACUGGUCCUGAGUGGCCAGAGCUCUGACCAAGGUGACCUGGUUUUACAAACUGGAAUCUUCAGUUAUCAAACCUUCUCACGUGUGUUUGCAGAUCCUGAGAUCAGUAAUCUUCUGGUUAAAGCCAGCCCCGGACAGCGGCCUGUACUGACCGUGUCUUGCCGCGGUGAGGCAGGCUGGAGCUCUUUGGGCCAACAGCAACGUAUUAAGGAGUUGCUGAACUAUAGGCUGAAUCCUGAGCUCAUACUUCCUAAGAUGGAGGGAGUCACUGAGUUCACAGAGUACAUAUCUGAAACUGUGGAUGUACCAUCCCCAUUUGACCUUCUUGAGCCUCCGACCUCUGGAGGAUUCUUAAAGCUCUCAAAGCCUUGCUGCUACAUCUUUCCUGGUGGACGGGGGGAUUCUGCCCUCUUUGCUGUCAAUGGUUUUAACAUUCUGAUCGAUGGUGGAUCUGACAGAAGGUCAUGCUUCUGGAAGCUUGUCAGACAUUUAGAUCGUAUUGAUUCUGUUCUUCUUACACAUAUUGGUGCUGAUAACCUUCCUGGAAUCAAUGGACUCCUUCAGAGGAAGGUUGCAGAACAGGAGGAGGAGCAGUCUCAAGACUCAACCACCUACAGCGACUGGAUGAAGAACCUGAUCUCUCCAGAGCUUGGAGUCGUAUUCUUCAAUGUACCCGAGAAGCUUCGGACAUCAGAAUCGAAUUUGAAAGUCAAGCGAAGCAUUGAGGAAGCAUCUCUUACAUUGCAAUACCUCAACAAACUAGGAAUUAAACCUGAGCCCUUAUCUCGAGUGGCUAGUAAUACGAUUGAGCCCAUUACUCUUUUUCACAAAAUGGGUGUGGGUAAAUUAGACAUGUUUGUCCUGAACCCUGUGAAGGACAGUAAGGAAAUGCAGUUCCUUAUGCAGAAGUGGGCAGGUAACAGCAAAGCUAAGACAGGAAUAGUGCUUUCUAAUGGAAAAGAGGGAGAAAUAUCUGUACCAUAUUUGACAUCUAUUACAGCUCUUGUGGUGUGGCUCCCUGCAAACCCCACAGAGAAAAUCGUAAGGGUUUUAUUUCCUGGAAACGCACCACAGAACAAAAUCCUUGAGGGACUUGAAAAGUUAAAGCACCUUGACUUCCUACGCAAUCCAGUAGCCACACAAAAAGACGUAACUUCUGGGCUCUCACCAACAGCUGUCAAACAAACAAAAUUAAAGCAAAGAACUAGCAGCAAAGAAAGUCUUCAGUCAUCUCCUAAGACUCACGCACCAUCUAAGCCUUCAAAGAAAGAAAACGAUGAACGCGAGGACGUGUCCUUCAUUGAACCUAAGAGUGACUCUUUCAAGGAUAACAAGAUUGAGAAAAAAGAAGAGAAAAAAGAAGAGAAAAAAGAAGAAAAAAAACACAACCGACCACUAAAGCCAAAAGCAGAAGUGGCCGAAAAGAAAAAGCUAUUGAAAGAGAAACCACUGAAUAAGCACCCAAAAGAAAAGGUGUCCAAAAUGGAUGAAAAGAAAGACAAAGAAAAGAAAGAAUUAAAGAAAGAAAAACGUGAAAUAAAAAAAGAAGAUGGUGUGAAAAAAGAAGAGAAAAAGGUUAAAGCCAAGGACACUUCAAAUACUGAACUGAGGAAAAUAACUAAACCUGACCUGAAACCUUUCACACCUGAGGUCAAGAAGACCCUCCACAAAGCCAAAACCCAAUUGAAACCCAAAACAGUAAAAAGCAAACCGAAAACUGCCAAGGUUGACAGUGGGAAGAGUGUAAAAAAAACAGUGACUGAAAAGAUUGAGCCUAAGACACAAAACGGGACAGGAGAAGACACAUCUGCUUCAUCUACUCUAGAUUUAACUAAAGAUUUUGCCAAGUUGUCACUCACUGAAUUAACAGAACAUACUGAAGCUCCUAAAAGUGCCCUUACCAUCUCAGAAUUAACAGCUGAAAAAGACAAUGAACGUCCAAAACCUGCAGAAGAAGGGGAGCAAGAUGAUGUUACUCAAGCUGCAACAACUAUCACAGAACAAAAAGAGAAUGAGGGAAGAGUCUCGGAAAUCAAAGAAGCAGUAGCUGUAGAAGAAGUGAAAGAACAACAUGACGAGCCUCAGGCAUCAGAAUUAGAGAAAUUUGAGGAUGAGGGUACAGGUAUUGAAGAUGAAGAUGAGGAAGAGAUUGAGAUAAAGAAUGUUAAGAGGACAGAUGAGGAGGAAGAGGAAGACAUGGGUAUAGGUGACGAAGAGGACGAAGGGGCAGCAAAGGAAACCAAAGACUUUGAAGGAGCGGACAGAAAGCACGAAGUGGAGGAAAUGGAGAAGCAAAAACAGAGGGAAGAAAGUAAAGCUGAAGCUGACGAGGAGAUGUUUGAAGAUGAUGAUGUGAUUGAAAAAGCUGAACUAGAAGAAGCAGAAGAUUUGGAUGCCAUCGCAGAUGAAGAAAUAAAAGAUCUCUCUGCUGAGAAAGUAAAGGAAGACCAUGACGCAUACUUGUCAAAUGUUGGAGGUGUCACAGCUGGCAUUACCUCUACUGCUCAAGGAGCUGCAGCAGCAGAGAACUUAUCAUACAUCCAGGAUGAAACCUUUCCAGGUUAUCCAGAGACUGAGCAGACAAUCUCAGAUGAAGAGAUUCAUGAAGAGGCAGAGGACAGGAUACCACACCUCCAAUAUGAGGGUGGUAGCUAUGAUGUCUCAGUCCCAGACCAACCAGGCUCCUUUGUUGCUAUUCAAGGAAUGAAAGAAAUACAAGCAGCUGCAACGGGCAGUGGGACUAGCAAACCACAGGAGCCUGCUAUUUCUAUCUACACUAACAUAUUUACAGCUCCAUUAGCUGAAGAGGAACAUGUUUCUUCAGCAACGUCCAUAACUGAGUAUGACAAGCUGUCCUCUUUACCCACUUCUGUUGCAGAGGAUCAGUCAGUAGCAUCAGUCACAGCACCUCAGACUGAAGAUACCGGAAAAAGUUAUCUGCUUUUAGACACUGUAAACACUGUACAUCCUGUUGGCCAGAAAGAGGCCACUCAAGGAAAGGAUUAUUUACAUUCCGCCGGAACGAUCUCACCAACAUCUUCACUAGAGGAGGACAAGUGCUUUAAAUCAUCUCCAUCAGAGGAAUCUCCUCCACCUCCCUUAGAAGGAAAAACAGAGGGAAUUGAUAUUGAAGCCCAUUAUGACGAUGAAGAUGAGGAUGAGUAUGAAGAUCAAACACCAAAUGUUGACAUUUCACUUGAAAAGUUACAAGAAGGAUAUGCCUCACCUGAUAAACUUGAAAACAACGAGAAAGAAAUGGACAAACCGAAAAGUCCUGUGCCUUUCAUUCCAGAUUCUUCAACUGACAAAAAAUCCUUUCCUUCUGAGAUGGCGAUAGGAUCAGAAACACUCUCUUCUCCAUUGCACAGCAUUUCUAAACUUCCGAUUACUGAAUCCAGUGUCUAUCCAGAGGUUGAAGACCGCUGCAUUAGCCCUGAUGACAGUACUGUUAAAAUGGCUUCUGGACCACCUAGCACAUCCCACUCUCCCCUCAGAAUGUCACCUGUGGAGGGGAAGGAUAAAAUCCCCCUUAAAGAGCCUCAUCACGAACCACAAGAGGCAGUUAGCCUCACUGAAAUUAAAUAUGAAAAGGACCACGAAAAGGAAAUACCUCAAGCAGUAAAGGAAGAAACAAAAAGUACAGACUGGUCAACUUCUGCACUGCCUGUAUUUGGAGAAAAUGUUGAGGGCAUAAAAGAAAGUGUAGAAAUAAGGGGUACCGAGGUAAUGCCUCAUCAAAUUGCUGAAAACAAGGAUAGAGUUAAAGAGGACCUAAAAGAGAGCAGUAAGGCUACGAUUCUAGAGGAUAAAGAUGGCAAAUUAUCUGAUGAUAAUAGCAUUGAUAAAACUCAUGAUAUAAAAUUAUCCACAGAAACAGAAGAAAGAGAAAUAGAGAAAGAAAAGUGUGAGAAUGAGAGAGAUGAUGUUGAAGAGAAGCUCAAAGACCAAUAUUUAUCACAUGCAGAGGUAGCAAAAAAACACGAUGAGGUAAUAUCAGCACCAGAGAAAACAGUAUUGCCCUCUAAAGAGGAUUUUGAUGAAAAACAUAUAAAAGAGGAAGAGUUGCAAGAUCCCAGCUCUCCAACACCCAUUGAAAGGUCUGAGAAACAAAUAGAAGAAAUUGAGUCAGAGAAAGUUGAAAUAUCUUCCAAACUGGAUCAGGAAUCCAAAGAGAAAUAUAAGACUGAUUCAUCUCAUCAGUUCUUGGAACCAAGCUCAGAUAUCAAAGUAGAAACAUCAACAUGCCAUGAACCAAAAGAAAACACUGUAGAUGCAGAUAUAACAACUAAAUUGGAAAAUAUGUCUAAGCAGACAUUAGAGUCAAUUGAAGUUUCAGUGGAAAGUGAUACUACUGUCUGUAAAAUAGACCAGCUUCAGAAAGAUGCAGAUGUUACCUUAAGAGAUGAUAAAAAAGGAGAAAGUGACACUUGUCUGGCAUCUGAGAAAAUCAUUUCAGCUGACAAAGAACAUGAAGAAUCUAAGGAUAACAACACAGAAGAAGUAAAAUCUCUAAAACAGGAGGAAAUCUUAAAACCAGAUAUGCAUGUAGAGGAGAGUCAGUUCUUCAGUUCAGAGAAAACUAAAGAUGAUCAAAAAUUAAAAGAGAUGCCAGUACAAGAGAAGGAAUCUCAUAUAUUAGGGGUAGCCCCAUGUGAGACCGAAAUUACAAGCAAACAAGAUGAAGAACUGAAGGAGAAGUUUGUGGAAGAGCCCCAAACCACCCAUUUAGAAAUUGCAGACCAGAAAGAGGAUUAUAAACCUGUAGCAGCCCAACCUUCACAUGCAGAGAACCUAAGUACCGAAGAUACAAAGAAAAUUGUAGAAGACACCAAAUUCCAAAGAGAAAUAUCAAUUGCAGAUAAAACUGAUUUUUCACUAAAAUUCGACCAUGAAUUUAAAGAUGAGCAAGCAGACUUAAGUUCAUCUGCUAAAGAACAUCAGAACUGGCAAAACAAAGAGGUAGAAGAGAAAAAAGAAGUAUCAGUUAGCUUAACUGGCAAACCCGAUGAAGAAUCUACAGCACAUCAGACUUGCGGAGCAAAAGAUGUGCUUACUAUCUCUGAAUCUGAUUACAAAUCUAAACUGGAGGGCCAAUCUCAGACAAUAACAUCAAAUAACAAAGAUUUACUAGCUAAAGAGGAUGAGACAAGCAAAUCAGAACAGCUGGUUAUGUUUAAAGAUGAAUUGAAAGCAAGUGAAUCAACAGAUAAGAGUGUGGAUGACAGUCAGCUUCAGAUCUCUGUAGAUCAAUCAGUAUCUGAAAAAACAGAUUCUGCUGCUAAGCGGGAUUAUGAAGAAAAACAUAUUGAAGAGAUUGUGUCUAAAAUACCUCAACCAGAUAUUGUGACAGAAGAACUUAAAACGAUACCUGCAAAAGAAAACAUUCAGAAGAGUCAAUCAGAAUCAGAACAAAAAGUGGAUUCAAAGUCAGAACAUGAUUCUGCUGGCAAAUUGUUUGAAAAAGUUGUUGUAAUAUCUGAACAAAAUCUUCUCACUGAGCAUGAUUUUAAUACCAUUGAGUCUGAGAAAUUAAUAAAAGAUGAUACAUCAAAAUUGGUGUCAGAGGAAAUGAAGUCUAUAGCUGAAAUGAGUCAAGAAGCUAAAAGGGAAUCUCUUUCAAAAUCACAAGAACAAAUGUUUGGGACCUCAGAUCUUAGCUGUAAAGAUCAAGUUGACCUAAAAGAUGAACCCCAUGAGCAGUACACAUCAGAUACUUUUCCAUCAACAGACAUUGGAUUCAAAUUAAAUUUAGAUUAUAAAGAAAAAUUCAUCGAAGAGAUUGCACAAGAAACCUUGACUGUAGACAAAACAAAAGACAGCAUAAAGACAACUACGUUUCCAACCAAAUUCUCAGAUGAAGAUGAAAGUACAGAGGAGGAUGAAGGAGAUGCUGUUUUUAUGGGAGGUGCUGGUUCAAGACCGUUAUCAGUUGAACCCUGGAAAUUGGAGGAACUAAAAGAAAGCACUUCUGGACAAUCUUUAACCCCUGAUAUCAGUAUACAAAAAGAGGAAAUUGUUACCCAUUUAGAAGAAAAAGAGUUGACUCGAGAUUCAAGUGAAACAUCACCUGAACCAGAGAAAGCUUUUAGGGUGGAGACCACAUCUCCAACUCUUGCUACUGGAGGAGAUGAAAGUAGUAAAUCUGUAACAGAGAUUUCCAGUCAGCUUCCUCUAGGUGAAAGCAAAGCACUGAGGAUCACACUGUCCGCCUCUGGCAGUAAGUCAAGUGUUGAGGAUGCCAAACAUGAAAUAAAGGAGACUGCAAAACCUAAGGAGGCUGAGCGGGAAAGGGAAGGAGAACGUGAAAUUGCAUCUCCAGGGAUUGAAUCACAUUCAGAUUUUCAAAAAACUGACAGUGCUGAUGAAAAAUGUGCUGAGAAGGCUGAAAGUGAGAAGAUUGCAUUUAAAGAGGAAAACGAUGACAAGAUGACUUAUGAAGUAGAAAAAGAAAGCUAUGAGGCUUCUAAAUAUGAGCCAUAUGAAAAGCCUAUUUCAAAAGAUAAAGAGGAAGAGGAUCAGCUCUCUAGUCUGGAUAUCGAUUUAGACAACAGAAUUGCAAUUCAGUCCCAUUUGCUUGGAGCUGCAUGCCCAGUAGAGGAACAAAGUGAUGACGAACCAGUAUCUUUUAGCAAGGUUGACUAUCAGACUUCAUUUACUGAGACUAGGACAAGUGUUCCCAGUAGCCACAGUGCCUACUCAGAGCAAGAUAAUAAGGAACAAUACCAAGAAGAACAAUUGGUUAGGGAAGAGAGACAAGAUACAGUUUAUCUGGACAACAGUUUGACAUAUGCAGAGACUUAUGGCACUAGGACCACUUCUGCAGCAGAUUCAAGCUCAUUUGCCUCUAGCGAUUUACAAGACAAAUCAGAGAAAUUGGAGAGAGAGGAGAAAGAGAAGGAGAAAGAAACAAAAGAGGACACGCCUUCUCUUUCUGAUGAAGAAGAUGAAAGUCGUGCCAAAUUGUCACAUGAAGAACCUUGUACGUUUUCUUCCAGUGUUACACAAUCUGAUAAGUCAGAGAAAGACCAUACAACACAACAGACCCCUAAAUCAGAUGACUUGGACAAGACCAAAACUUCUUUUAAAGUUGAAACCCAUGUGGCUGAUGCUUCUUCUCAGCAAGGGAUUCUCACAUCAUCACAAGAUCAAUCAAGUAGUAAAACAGCGUCAUCAGCUUCUGUCUACCAUGAGAGUGAAAUCUCAAAAAGUGAGAUUAGCAAAGAUAAAAAUAAAUUUGAUUCGGGUGAAAGCAAAGAGGACCCAUUUUGUUCUGGUCGGUAUUCACCUCCUGAGAAGGAUAUACAUCCUCCCAGUUUAUUGCCCGAAGAAGCAGACAGUAGUGCCGCUGCUUCUAGUUUUUCUGGACAGUUAAUGCAACCUGAUGACAAUGUUCUUUCGCAUGAGUCCACUAGCAAAACCGAUUCUCUUACAAGCAAGUCAUUGACUGUGAGUGCAGAGGCAGAGGAAUGUUCAGUGAGAAGCCAGAAAAUAUUUGCAGAAGGAGAGGAUGACUAUGAGGAUGAAGAAGAAGAGGAAGAUGUAAGUGACUUGGAUAUCGAAAAGGGUGCUAGAGAGAUUUCUGAGAAAGAGUCUAAAGCAGCUUUUGAUACGACUGAUACAUCUAAACCACUUGGUUUAAAACAAGAAGAGGCCACAGUACAAGAAAAGACCACUAGUUCAGAUGCUGAAGCAGCUGUACAUGCAAGCACAGUUCAUCUCUCAAAAACAACAGAGCCUUCAGUAGUACUAGAAGAUAAGCAUGAUGUAUUCAGCAAAGAUGGUGAACGGUCAAAGAACACUAGUUUAGUUCAGUCUGAAACACUCGAGGCCAGUGAUGUCAAACAUGAGCAUGGACCACAGACACCUUCAGAUAGAAAGACUGAAGGGUCUGAAUUCCUAACCAGUGCUCAGGCAGCAAUGUCUGAUGCAACUUACUCUUCAUCAUCAUCCUUCAGUUACUCUUCUUCAACGUCUGCUUCGUAUUCAACUGGUCAACACUUUGUAGAAAGGUCUGACACCCCAGUUACAGUUCCAGGUGGCCAUCUAAGGUCAGAUGGAGACAGUAUAUCAUAUGAGUACUCAUCACUAAAAGAGGAAGAAUCCCCAAUUAUGGAUUUACCAUAUUUAAGUUCUGGGGUACAUUUAAGAGAUGAAUACAUGGAAGUUUCUGAUAGAUUUGUGCUUGGUACAACAGCAGCCGAACCAUUAUCCAGUAUGGCCAAGUUUUCUCCCCUCAGUCCUUUGGAAGAAUCCAAAUCCUUUCUUCAAGAUCAAACAUCAUCAGCAGAGGAAAAGUCAGAGGAGGACAUGUCAAGCAUUAUAUCUGACAGGGAUCAUGUUUCUGAUCCAAAUCGUAUAUCUGUAACAGAACCACACUGCUCAAAACUUCCAGAUUCAGCAGCGGCUGAGCUUGCAAAACCAACAGAGAUGGCAUCAGACACAUCCCAUAUGUUCAAUAUUGCACCUUUGGUGAAAGCUGACUCUGCUGACAAACACUCAGAGGAAAAAUCCUCCGAUGAUGAGCCUGAGGAUAACAAAGGCAGUUUCGACGAGGGAACCUUACCAUGCAGAAUUGAAUGUGACAGAUCUUUAGCUCCUGAUCAAAAAUCAAACAACAUAUCAUUAACAGGGCAACACACUGAUGCUGAAACCUCAACCACAAAAUCUGACUUGCUCAAAGCAGAUGGUUCAACAGAAAUUAUGAGCUCUCAAAAGGUGCCAGACACAGCAUGUGGAACACUAAGUAUUGGCCCAGUAAGUGAAGAUAUUAAGCAAGAGGAAGAUAAAAAGUCAGAGGAAAAGAAAGAGCAGGCUGAGAAAACACAUGAGACAAUAGACCUAAAAGAAGCAAAAGUGGACAAGGUGGAAUAUGAAGAGAAGAGUGAGACAGAUAAAAAUAUAAAACUUACAGCAAUGGAAGAAAAACAGAUAAAACAUGAAGAGAAGGCUGAUGUAAGCUUAGAAAAGAGGGAUGAUAUUCCAGAUAAUAGCAAGAAAGAAAAGUCAGAGCAAAUGAUCGAGAUUGAAAGAAAAACUGAAGCCCUGUUAGAUGAACCAAAGGAAAAGAAAGAGACAGAAAAGAAGGAGGUGAUUGGAGUAAAGGAGGAAUCUAAAGCAAAAAUGGAUGAGAAGGAACAAAUAGAAGUAAAAAUGGAAACAGACAGCAAGAAAACAGAUAUAGUUGAGUCUAGCCAGUAUAGCAACCUUGCAUCUGGAGUGCAGAAUGAAGAUGUUGUACAUAUUAAAGCUCCACCUGGCUAUGGGGAGGAUGUUUAUGAAGGUAUGGAGGAGGAAGAAGACAAUGAAAUGAUAAAGUAUGAUCUAAAGGAAUGUCAAUCAACUCAACCCUUGUCUCCGUCAUCUGAAGCUCAGGCCUGUUUCUCUGAGGUGUUAGAUGAAGGAUUAACUCGACCUUCUGACCUCUGCAUGGAAGCCACAUCCUCUCAUUCACCGUCACUCUUGAAACACCGUAAAGGAGAUAUCUCUCCAUCUUUUAUUAACCCAAGCCCACAUGAAUUCUCUAGUGAGGAGGGAGAGGAGGAUGCCAGAAGUGAUGGUUCAAGGGAAGAUGAUGGGGAUGAGCGUGAGCAGCACUCCAUCAAGAGAAGAUCUCAUAAGAAGCAGCAUUGCCCUUCCCAGAGCCACCAUGAGGAUGGCAAGGAGGUUUCACAGAGCCUCCCUAGUGGUACGAAAAGCGGACAAGCCGUUCUGCUGGCAGGUGAAGAAACUCCUCCUACAUCUUUAAGCGAGUCAAUCCCAUCUCAGUCUGACUCAGAUGUCCCUCCAGAGACUGAAGAAUGUCCAUCAAUUACAGCAGAGGGAAAUCUUGACUCUGAUGAAGAUGCAGAGCAUCUACCAGUAGAUAAAACAUCUGCUGCCGGUGGCAGUGGAGGAAGCCAUCAUUCCUCCUCCCCAAAGAGUCAUGAUCCCCCACCCAUCCCAAUGAAAGACCCUCUUCCUCACCCACCACAUCCCGAUGUGUGCAUGGUCGACCCAGAGGCCCUUCUCAAUGGUCAGACCCACAUAGAACGACCGGUGAAAAAAGACCCUAAACCCUUGAGAAAGAAAAAAUCUGCAUCACCUGCAGGUAAAGGAGAUACAAAAAGCAGAAGAUCUACCACCCCAGUGAAGCACACAUCCAAAGACUCCUCACCUCACGCCCCUUCUCUUAAAAGAAAAGAUUCAGAGAAGCUAUUUCGAUUGUCCAGAAUGUCUGAGACACAGGGGUCUAGGGGAGACAUGUUCAAUUCUGGAAGAGGAUUAGUCAAUGGCGUUAAGAGUAAUGCAGGUUCUAACCAGAAGUCGAACACUGGGACUCCACCUGGACCACCAAUAUAUGUUGACCUAGCGUACAUUCCUAACCACUGCAGUGCUAAAAAUGUUGAUCAAGAGUUUUUCAAGAAGGUGCGUGCCGCAUAUUACGUUGUCAGUGGAAAUGACCCACCCAGUGGUGAACCCAGCCGUGCGGUUUUAGAUGCACUGCUAGAAGCCAAGGCACAGUGGGGCACCAACCUUCAGGUUACUUUAAUACCAACACAUGAUACAGAGGUCACUCGGGACUGGUAUCAGCAGACCCACGAAAGACAACAGGACCUGAAUAUAAUGGUGUUGGCCAGCAGCAGCACGGUGGUCAUGCAGGAUGAGUCUUUCCCGGCCUGCAAAAUAGAAUUUUGAGUUUUUCCACUUAGAGCUUGUCAUUCGUUUCUAAUUUAUUUCAAAUCUUUUAGGGUUAGGUUAACCCACAUCUUUCCAUCAGCUACCAUUUAUAGUUUAUACUCUAAUCCUCAAAGGCAACAAAAUCCUAGUGCUGUCAAAAGACUUACAAGCUUUCUUCCUGAUUUAAGCUAUUGUAACUGUUUUGAUUGCAUCUGCAAUGCUUUGGCAGAAAAUUGAAUGUUCAAUAUCUAGCGGCUAUGAAAAAAUAUAUAAUAUAUCUGUGGAAGUCCAUUGCAAAUUGAGUUUGUUAAAAUAUUCCUAACAUGAAUAACAAAGUGACCAAAAACAUUUGACCCUUUAAUGCCCAUGAUUUGAAUUCAAAGCACAAAAAUAUGUCAUCUGAUUAUUGCUCUGUCCUUAUUAUUAUCCCAUGUUUCAGAUAUAUACGUAGACACUAUGGUCUGCAGAAUAAUAUGUGAGGACACAAGGCCAAAAUUACAGGUCUGUGAGCUACAAUUAGGGCUACUAUUAGAUCACAUGCCAGCACUUGCAGUGAAGAAAAAACCUACACUAAAUUGCUAAUCCAAAUAGGAUUGUGCCAAAUUAUUAACCUCAAUUAUUCCAAAUGGUGUUUAACAAAAUCUGUGCAAAAUAACAAGAUUGAUCAUUAUCUAAUUAAAAAUACAAUAACUUUGAAUAAUAUGUUAAUAGUGGAAUAGUACAUGUAUGAAGAAUUAUGCUUGAUGUGUGAUGGCAUCUUUGUAAAAUACUAAAUUACAACAAUUACGUGAAUUUUGACUGACUAGGCUUUAAUAUGAUACUGUGACUGGUUGAAAGGUUAUACAAGGCAAAUGAAUAGUACAAAGGAAUUUUAUAACUGUAGUUUUUCAGUAGUUGGUAUUGCAAUCACUUUACUGUAAAGCAUGAUACUUCUCUAGCUCAGACUAAACGUUGUUUGUAUAUUAACCAGAUGUUCUGAUGUGGGGAUCUGAAUACUUUACAGUGUCCACCUUUUUCUUUAAAGCUGAGUAAAAACUAGAACAACACCCACACCCAACUGCACCAUGAAUGGAGUAGAUUGCCUUGAAAUAAAGUUUUGUAGUUUAUUGCCAAUUAUAUGAUGUUCUGAUGCUCGAGUGAGGGUUUUAAUAUUUUUUAAUUUUCAGUGUCCCCCAACAAUGCUUUCAAUAUUGUAGAUUCAAUAUUCCAGAAUCUGGAUAUUUUUCCUAGAUAAAGUUCUGCUAAUACAUAAGCACUUUAGGUUUAUGUUGUAUAGGCUGUCUGGUGGUGGAAAUCACACUGUGUAGCAGUAGAAGCAUAUAUGUUAUGAAGUAAAAAAGUUUAAAAGGUUUCGGUGGUUGCUGUGAGAGUAAACAGUGUGGUUACCCUCAUGUGCCUUUUGCAUGGACCAUUUAGAGACAAGAGUGUUGUGUGACAGAGAAAAUGCUUAAACACACAUACAGUACAUACAGUAAAAACAAUACAUCUUAGUUAACAGACUUUUACUUUGGAUUAUGUGGAAUUAGAACUCCUUUAUAGCCUUAUUGCUCAUUUAGAUUUUGCUAAUACUGUUUGA